AAUCUGCUACAAUGAAGACCAUUGCAUUCCUAUUGUUCUCCGUUCUGCUGGGCGUCUGCUUUGCAGAAGAUUUUUGUCCUUGCACCAGAGAGUACAUACCGGUGUGCGCUUCCAACGGCAUCACCUAUGGCAACAAGUGCACCUUUAAAUGCGCCCAACGCACCGACGCUGAUCUAAGGAUCGUCUACGAAGGAGUUUGCAAAGUGGGAAGGAUUGAAAGACCUCGUGAAUGCAUCUGUCCAGCUGUCAUCCUACCGGUCUGCACGGAUCGUGGCACAUUUGAUAAUAGCUGUCAAGUGUCCUGCUACAAUCAGAUACAUCCUGGAAACCCGGCAACAAUCCUUUACCGGGGAGAAUGCGGGGAGAUUAUGUAAAAUAUAAUUACGCAAUUGUUACUUUCUCGCAUCAGGACGUCUUUGAAAUAAACAAUUGAAAACAGAUAAAAA